CCACCUCCCGAGUCCCGCUGUCUAUAAAGCUGGGAACAACCAGCCUCUCUCCCCGAGUCCCCCUCUCACGACUAAAGACAGACAACAAAGACAGACAACCAAAUCUCUCUCUCUCUCGCCAAUGGAAGAAAAUCAAAUCACGUCUCUUAGCAUUUCCGAAGAUCUGUAUGGCCUUUAUACUGCCACUGCACGGGAACUACCGAAGCCCGACCUCCACAUCCUCACCUCCGGUGCACUUCGCAUCCCUGUGCACUCUAGUAUCCUGGCUUCGGUGUCACCGGUGCUGGAGAAUAUGAUAGACCGGCCACGCAAGCACCGGAGCUCCGAGCGAGUUAUUCCAAUUCUCGGAGUUCCUCGCGACGCCGUAGUCGCGUUCCUUCGCUUUCUCUACUCCUCAAGGUGCACGGCAGAAGAGCUGGAGAAAUACGGAAUUCAUCUACUUGCAAUGUCCCACGUGUACUAUGUCCCCCAGCUGAAGCAGAGAUGCUCGAAGGUUCUGGUGGAAAGGCUAACGAUUGAGAACGUGGUGGACGUGCUUCAACUCGCGAGGAUGUGCGACGCACCCGACCUCUAUCUCAAGUGCAUGAAAUUGGUCGCCAACCAUUUCAAGGCCGUGGAGAAGACCGAAGGGUGGCAGUUCUUGCAGGAUCACGAUCCUUGGCUCGAGCUCCAGAUUUUACAAUUCAUGGAUGAAGCCGAAUCGAGGAAGAAGAGAACAAGGAGGCUCAGGGAGGCGCAGAGCACGUAUCUGGAGCUGAGCGAGGCAAUGGAGUGUUUGGAACACAUAUGUACGGAAGGGUGUACAAGCGUAGGGCCUUACGACGCGGAGCCGAAGAAGAAGAAGAAGGAGCCGUGUAGCAAAUUCUCGAUGUGUGAAGGUCUGCAGCAAUUGUUUCGGCACUUUGCCACGUGCAAGAAGAGAGUAAACGGAGGGUGCUUGAGAUGCAAGCGCAUGUGGCAGCUUUUGAGACUGCACGCCUCAAUCUGCGACCAACCCGAUUCUUGCCGUGUUCCUCUUUGCAGGCAAUUCAAGCUGAAAAUGCAGCAGCAGGAGAAAAGGAAGGAUGAUGCGAGGUGGAAGUUGCUGGUGAGGAAGGUGGUGUCAGCCAAAGCAAUAUCUUCCCUUGCUCUGCCCAAGAGGAAAAGAUCAGAUCAGGAACUACAACUCCAAGAUCAGACCCACAAUCAUGGGAUUAGAAGCUUCAGAUUUUAAUUAAUUAAUUAUUAGUACUGAGUUUUUUGUUAUUUAGUUUCAAUGUAUUCACUCAAAUAGGCAUGUGCAUGGAAGGAAAUCGUCAUGUCCUACUGGUUUUAAAUGGAGGCAUGCCUAUUCAUCAUGUCCUAUUGUGCAUGACAUGUUU